AUUCAAGCUUUCAAAUUUCAUUCUACUCACAGUGUAAUCAUCAAUUUCAUUCUAUCAAAGCCAUAAUCAUUAUCUCUCCUAUUUUAUCAAGGUACAAAAAACUCGAAAUGAGUGUUACGGCAAACCCAAAGAAAACCCCUGCUCCCCCAAUUGUUAAGUUGAAUACGGCCUUCAAACUGGCCGAGGCAUGGGUAAAAGGUAUGAGCGGAUCUGCAGAUGAUGAAACAAAGAAUGUGAAUAUGGAGGGUAGACCUCAUAAGCUUGGUCUAGGAGCAAGAGUUCCACGAGAAACUAAACUAGGGCUUUCGAAUGACCCUGUUGAAAGGAAAUUGCAAGCCAAAUUAGAUGCUGAUAAAAGAAAAGCAGCCAAUAUUGCCAGAGAGUCUACUCCGUAUGCAAGUGAGGCUUUAGAUGAUGACGAAGAUGAUGAAGACGAAAGCAGAACUAAUGCUUUUGCCAAGAGAAAGGCAGCAGUUCCGCUGUCACCGCAUAUAAUGGGAAAUAAGAAAAGGAAGCUACACUAAUAUUAAACCGUUUUAAUGUAACGCUUUGCGAGUUAUAGC